AGAGUGUCGAAUGUUUAUCUUGGAUGUUACACGCGCAGUUAAGUUCAGUUAGCCAACGACUGAUGAUCUGGUAGCCAAGAUUUUCGACUGACGAACUCUGUUGGACAACUGAUAAACAUUGAUUUUUCUUUGAGUGGAUCGGAUCUAACUUGUUUUCUGGAGCGAAGGGAAUGUCAUUGAAAAAAAGGGGGACAGCGUGUUCGUGAUAUCUUAUAAUAAUAAUAAUCGUGACAUCUAAAUAAUAAUAAUAAUCGUAAAAUCGAGCCGACGGAAAACUCGACACGUGCCAAUUCUCAUUUCGAGAACGAAUGGAUUAGAUUCAAAUACAUUUGAAGCGGAAGAACCAUACUGUCAGAUCACUGUUGAUCUACUAAAGAUCAGCCUGUCGCCUAUUAUAAUUCUAUCUUUCUUAUUAUUACAAACUACAAGGAAGCAAGCUGAACAGUAAACGAGGCAGGCUUUUAAUUUUAAACAAUCAGAAACAAUCGAGAUGAAGUGACAAAUCCUAUCAUACUUGCAUUUUGCGAGCUUCGUCGCAAAUUGAGCAGAAGCAAACAAAUCUAUCGCAGAAGUAUACCGAUCCGAUUAAUUCUCGAAGUGAAGUGAAUUCCAGAGAGAAAAUAUGAAACUGUUAUCGGUGGUGUUAAUUUGCACGAUAUUAUCGGCAUGUCACGGAUACCGGAUAUUAGGCGUGUUUCCGUUCAACGGAAAGAGCCACUUCAUAAUGUUCGAACAUCUGAUGAAGGCUUUGGCCAGAAAAGGCCAUCAGCUCGAUGUGAUUAGCACGUUCCCUUUGAAGAAACCGUAUCCGAAUUACAACGACAUGAUCGUGCUGCCAACGGAAAGGGAAUUCAUGAAUAAUAUAACCUACGAUGAAGUGAACACGCUGUUUAGGGACUCGGUUUGUCACGUCGUGGCUAAUUUGGCCGGGAACCUUGUUUGCGAACAUUUGAAAAAUCCACAGAUUCAGGAGCUUAUACAAAACCCGCCUAAGGAUCCACCUUACGACGCGAUCGUCAUGGAGGUAUUUGGUGCGCACUGUUUCGCAAUACUGGGUGACGUUUUAAAAGUACCAGUGAUAGGUGCGAGCUCCGCGGUCCUUUAUCCGUGGAUCUACGAUUUCAUCGGAAAUCCGAACAACUUUGCGUUCGCGCCAUCCAACAUCCUCUCGUAUUCGCAGAAUAUGAACUUCUGGGAGAGAAUGCACAAUUUCCUGAAUAUCAUUAACGCUAAGUGGGAGUUCAACAGAGUGUCCAGCGAACAGACAAACAUCGUGAGGAAGUACGUGAGCCCUGAUGCGCCGGACGUGAGACAACUGGAGAAAAAGAUAUCGAUGAUACUCGUCAACUCGCAUAUAUCGAUAAAUGGGAUCAAGGACAUGAUCCCCGCUUACGUCGAAGUUGGAGGAUUGCACGUGCAAGAAGAGGGAGUCGAAUUACCCGCGAGUCUGGAAAAAUGGAUGAACGAGAGCACGCACGGUUUCGUUUACUUCUCGUUCGGUUCGAUGGUGAAGAUCGAGUCCUUCCCAAUCAAGCACCUUAACAUCUUCUACAACUCCUUAGGAAAGAUAGCACCUGUCCGUGUUCUCAUGAAAAUCGCAAAACCAAACGAGCUUCCACCUGGUCUGCCGAAGAACGUCCACGUCUUACCAUGGAUACCGCAAGUCAAAGUUCUCAAACACAAGAACGUGAAGGCAUUCAUCACCCAUGGCGGUCUCAUGGGCACCCAGGAGGCAAUUCACUAUGGCGUUCCAAUGAUCGGUAUGCCGUUGUUCGCUGAUCAAUUCAUCAAUAUCGCCAACUAUAUGCGACACAACAUCGCAAUAGAAUUAGGAGCGGAAACCCUGACCGAGGAGAAAAUGGACAACGCCUUGAAUGCCAUUUUAAACGAUCCCAAAUAUCGGCACACGGCGCAGAAACUUUCGCAAAAGUUCCGCGAUCGUCCAUUAAGCGCCGAAGACACGGCGGUUUAUUGGAUCGAAUACAUCGUCAGACACGGUGCGGACGCGCUUAGAUCGCCAGCGAUGAAUCUGACAUGGUGGCAAAUAGAAAUGUUGGACGUUUACGCAUUCCUUCUGAUCGCGGCGCUCGCUAUUCUUUACUCCAUAGCCAUCGCAGUUUCAUUCGUGUACAAUUUAGCUACGAAUGCCGAAUCGGGAUCGCGCAAGAAGAAAGUUUCUUAAAUGAAACGUUUUCUUUCUUUUCUACGAUACUGUGGCUGAUGAUUUGAAACGUUUCGUUACGUCUUCUCGACGACACUGUUGUUGACCUUUCCAUUGAAACUGAAAAGAAAGGUACUUCUUUUGAACGAUUUUCGUACACGUCGCUCUUGAUAGAAGAGCGAUGGAAAAAUUUGAAUAGACGUUUGGUUUGAUGGAGUCAAAAUUUCGUUCAGUGAAUCGUUCAGGUGUGAAUUGUUGGACUUUUUAAUUGUAUCUGUAAUAUGUUAUCCUUUUGCGAACUUCUUGACAAAAGAAUUUAAUUUAAUUAAGUUUAGUUGGUUAAUUUAAUUAGUUUAAUUAAUGAAAUUUAAUUUAAUUAAAUAAAUACUUUGGUAGCAAAGUAAUAAUUAUGUUUGUGUGGCGUAAAAACUGUGUACAUAAAAUUGUUGAACAAACACACAUAAAAACUGUAUUUUCUUCUGUUCCAUCAAGAAUAAUUUUUAGAAAAAAAUACUUAAACAGACAUAUUUGCGAUUUACCAAAGUAAUGAUUUACUAAAGCAAAAAGUUCACAGCUGUUCUCGUGCUUAAAAUUGAGAGAGAAAUGCAUUUGACAUUUGACACUGACAUCGAAUCAGUGAUCCAGCUUUUUAGAAUUUUCAUCGUUGCGAGAGAGAGCACGCUUGGGAAACCAACGGAUAAACUUUAAAAAACAGACACUUUUAUCGAUGAUACAUGUCGCUAGUCAUCACGCUUUUAUCCGCUAGGAUUUAUGGUUCACACAAUGUCAACUAGUCACUGACGCAUUUUAUUUGCCAAUUUUUCGAAUCUUUCGAUGAACGCAUGCGUGAAAAAAGAGCGAGAAAGAGAACAUUUUAUCAAGAAAAUUAUUUAUCCAUUUUUCGAUUUUUAUUAUUUUCCAAUCGUAAUUAUUAACCGUAAUCGCAAAUAUCAAUUAGUGAAUUAAUUAUUUCGCUGUUAGUGCGAGUUCUUAUGUAACGUCAAAGAGAACUGCAAUAUCAUGAAGACUUGUUAAAAAUUAUUCUUGAUAACGAAGUUUUUCAAUUAAUAUUACGAUUAAAAUUAUAUAGAUAAUCCAGACUGCAUGACACUGCAGAUAUCACAUGAUGAUUAA